AUGGCGACCAUAAGGACCGCAGAUGCCGCGUACGCGGGAUAUGAGCCGGGACAGCCACUGUCCUGCGAUGAUGGAUCAUCUAUGGGCCCGGCUUUCUCCAAGUCGCAAUCGAUGGCCCGAUCUUAUCAAGAGGAAAUCCACGAGAGCAUCUACAAUAUCCGUUCUCGCUCCAGGAUAACGGAGCGGAUCAAUAGCAGGAUCUCGGCUGCGGAGCAGCCAGACGACGACCCAGGUUGCGAAACCCGAGCGACUUCAAGCAGAGACAGGUAG